UUUCCACCCUCAGAAGUUUGCAUAGAAAAGACGACACAGAGACAUUCCUGGAGUGAGGGAGCAGUCGGAGGCAGUUCCUCACACAGGCAGGGAGAUGCUUGGGGAGAUCUGUCCCAUCUGGGCCAGGUGAACUCAGAUCUAUCUCCUGUUUCCAACUGGGCAGGUCCUUAUGAAACAAUCUUGGUACCCUGGGGGUCUGUCAGCAGCUGGGAUGGAGCCUUUUUUAAGGAAACACUUGACUUUCCUAUCAUUCUUUUGGAACAAGCUUUGGCCCACGAGCAUCCCUGAUGACUGCAUCCCCAGAUAUCCAGGUCCUGAUCCCGUCACAAUGGACCUUGAUCCUGACCCUGACCCAGAACCCUUCUCUCCAAAAUCAAGCAGCCCCCCUCCUGCGGUCCUUUUCAUGGUUCUAUAUGACUUCACAGCCAGGUGUGCAGAUGAGCUGAGUGUGAGCCGAGGAGACAAGCUUUUUGUGAUCAAAGAAGAGGGUGACUACAUCUUUGCCAGGAGGCUUUCUGGUCGGCCAAGUACUGGGCUGGUACCCAUUAAUUAUGUGGCCAAAGCCACCCAGGAGACCUUCUCUGACCAACCGUGGUAUUUUGAUGGGAUCAGCCGGAGUGAGGCCCAACAACUUCUGCUCUCCUCCUCCAACCAGCACGGAGCCUUUCUGGUUCGGCCCAGUGAGAGUAGUCGAGGAGACUACUCACUGUCAGUUCGCACACAAGCCAAGGUGUGCCACUACCGAAUUGCCAAGGCCCCAGAGGGUGGCCUGUAUAUUCAAAAAGGCCAGGUCUUCCCCUGCCUGGAGGAGCUCCUCACCUACUACAAGGCCAACUGGAAGAUUAUCCAGACACCCCUGCUGCAGCCCUGUGUGCCAGAGCGGCCUCUGGAGAGGGAUGAAUGGGAACGGCCCCGUUCCGAGUUUGCCCUUCGAAGAAAGCUGGGAGAAGGCUAUUUUGGAGAGGUGUGGGAAGGCUUGUGGCUGAAUAAGGUUCCGGUGGCAAUAAAAAUCAUAAAGUCUGCUGACAUGAAGCUUGAGGACUUCACCAAGGAGAUUCAGAACCUAAAGAAUCUAAAACAUGAGAAGCUGAUCAGUUUGCAUGCGGUCUGCUCCAUAGGGGAGCCUGUAUACAUUGUAACAGAGCUCAUGAAAAAAGGGAACCUCCAGAGCUUCCUCAGCAGUCCAGAAGGGAAGGCCCUCAGUGUCAUCCGCCUCAUGAGCAUCGCCUGCCAGGUGGCUGAGGGUAUGACCUAUUUGGAGGAGAGACACAUUGUGCACCGGGAUCUAGCUGCUCGAAACAUCCUAGUGGGAGAUGACCUCACCUGCAAGAUUGCAGAUUUUGGCCUAGCCAGGCUGCUAAAGGAUGAUAUUUAUUCCACAAAAAGCAGCACUAAAAUCCCUGUAAAGUGGACAGCACCAGAAGCAGCCAAUUAUAGGAUCUACUCACAGAAGUCAGAUGUUUGGUCCUAUGGGAUCCUGCUUUAUGAGGUCUUCACAUAUGGACAGUGUCCCUAUGAAGGAAUGACCAAUCAGGAGACCAUUCAGCAGAUCUCUCGAGGUUACAGGCUGCCUCGCCCACCCACUUGCUCCCCUGAAGUCUACGUGCUCAUGUUAGAGUGCUGGAAGGGCAAUGCUGAGGAGAGGCCUGCCUUCUCUGUGCUCAGGGAGAAGCUCAGCUCCAUCUACAGACGUCUCCAUCAUACCUUCACAUGACCUAGGCCCUGUUGCCUUCCCCUGCUUUCUUUCCCCAUCUUCCUGCCCUAAACCAAAAGCUGUACAUAUCUCCAACCCAACCCCUGGCUUUGGGAACAGAGUUGCCAGUGUCUUCCUGAUGCCCUUUCAUGGGGAAGGGAGCAUCAGGAGAAUGCCUGUAAGGGCCCCUAAGGUCUGUGACCAGGAGACUUAUUGAACCUGGACGCUCCUUUGCUGUCAGACUCCUCACAGAAUCUCAGAAUUGGAAGGGUCUUUAGAGGCCUUGUAAAUCAACCUAUACCCCAAAAGCUCCUACUGCCACAAACUGGACCAGUGGUCUUCUAGCUUUUGCUAGAAAACCUCUAAUAAGGGGAAAUUCACUACCUCCCAGCACUGCCUCUUCUAUUUUCCCUUUAUCUCCCCUCUUCUCCUCCUCAUUAUCCUUCCCCUAUGGGAGAAUAGAAUGUGGAGGAAAGGAACCUUCUUUACUGCUAGUCACUCUCAGGAAAAUAUUUAAUGUAAAUACUGUACAGAGAACAUCUAAAUGUCAAGAAAGAAAAUAACUUGGAAUAAUAUGUCUAUAGAAUUCA